GUAGUGUGAACCCACCUUUAGGUAUGUUUACACAUAUUAUACUGUAUUUAAUGUGGCUUUUUUGCUGUUCUAUGCAAAAAUUAGCCCGGACAAUAAUGGUAUUGAAAAAUAUACAGUCUUUAUUAAUACAUCGUAUAAAAUAUGAGAAGAAAUGCAAGAUGGCGCAAUGAGCUACACCCAUGGACAGACAGAGUCCUAGGUUCCUUCUAUGCCCACAGAGGGGGCCCAGCAUCAUGGCAACACUACCAAAGUCUGAGACCAUUCAGUAACAACAAGAUUUUGGUAGAAUUGGAUGAAACAACAGGGGUGGCAGUCAUGAAAAUGAAGAACCCUCCAGUGAACAGCCUCAGCCUGGACUUCCUUACAGAAUUCUCCAUUAGUCUAGAGAAGCUAGAAAUUGACCGUGGCUGCCGGGGGCUUAUCCUGACUUCUGCUUUUCCAAAAAUCUUCUCUGCUGGGCUGGACAUCACAGAGAUGUGUGGAAAAAGUGCGGAGCACUAUGGUGCUUUCUGGAAGGCUGUGCAGGAAAUGUGGUUAAAGUUAUAUGGGUCCAACAUGGUGACCAUCGCAGCCAUCAAUGGAUCAAGCCCCGCUGGUGGGUGCCUUAUGGCUUUGAGUUGCGAUUACAGAAUCAUGGCAGACAAUCCUAAAUUUGCCAUUGGCUUGAACGAAACCCAACUGGGCAUAGUUGCGCCAUUCUGGUUCAAGGACACCAUGGUCAACACUGUAGGUAAUCGUGUGACCGAACAAUCCCUCCAGCUGGGCCAAAUGUAUCCAGCCCCAGAAGCACUGAAAUAUGGCCUUGUGGAUAUGUUAGUUCCAGAGGAUAAAGUACACAGUACAGCAGCUGCCGUCAUGACCCAGUGGCUUAGUGUUCCAGAUCAUGCUCGUCAGAUUACCAAGUCCAUGAUGCGUAAACCCACAAUUGACAGACUAGUUAAACUGCGAGAAGCUGAUAUUAACAACUUUGUCAGUUUUAUCACAAGAGAUUCCAUCCAAAAGUCUUUGCAAGUCUACAUGGACAGAUUAAAACAGAAGAAGUAAUAGCAAGCAAAGUUGGCACUUGGAUUUAGUAAGCCAUAAAAUUAUCAAAAGUGAUAGCAAUGAAUGGGUUGUGAUCUUCAUACAUUUGUCUUAUUGGUUAAAGUGUCUGAUGGGGCAGACUGGUAUAAUGUCCUUUUUAUUUACCCCCAUGUGCCUAUUGUCCUUGUACUUUAACUACCUAUGGCAUCAAAAGAGGAGGCUUGUAAGAAAAUGUGUGAAUGUUACUGUAGUAGGAACUUAACCAAACCCAGUUUGUGCCUCACUUUCUGUGCGGGUGGUUUUGUACUAUCUGCUUUACUGGCCACUUAAUUUUUAUUCUGCAGGAAUUAUGCAAAUCCAUGGUGUUUAUACACUUUAUACUAACUAAACACAAAUAAAAUAUUUUGAGAAGAAAUUCUGAAUUGAUUUUUU